UUUCCUCAUUUUCAGUCCGGCAUUCAGUUAGGUAACAGAUCGGCCAACAAAAUUAACCAAAAAAUCAUUUGAAAAUUUUCCAAUUUUUCUUACGAUGGAGAACGGUCCGGAGUUUAGUUGGGAGUACAGUCACGGUGGUCAGGGAAAUCCCAACUACUCCCAGAGGGGAAUGGGUGGCAGUGCUCCUUCUGGAGGCGGUGGUCGUCAGUGGUUGCACUCGAACCAGGCGAACACCCAGAACUACGUGCAGGGCUCCAGUGCCCCUGGAAUGGGAGCCCACCAAAAUCACGCCUCUCCAGGUGAUCCUUUCGCCUCCUACAACCAGAAUAUGCUGAACAUGUACACGAGCUUUAAGCCCAGCUAUGGUCACUCUCAAGUGGGCCCGGCGACGGUACAAGGAAUGGGCCCAGACCCUGGCCAGGAAAUGGGCCAAAGGAUGGGUAAUGGCAUGUCCCAGUCGAUGGGAUUCGAUGAGGGCAUGGGUGCGGGCAUGAGUCAGGGCAUGAGCAAUGGCCUUGGCGCUGGAAUGCGCGUGGGUUCCAUGCGUGGCGGUCAAAGGUUAGCUGGAGGCUACUCCCAUCGCUCGAACGGUCUCAAUGAUGUAUAUCCUUCGCAAUCCCACCGAGGUAGUUGGUUCUAGAAGAACGCACUAGUUAGUUCCCAACGCGUACUUCACGGAUCUCAUUUGGCACUUGAUAAAUUAAAUAUAGGCUAUCCAUAAAUUGUAUUUACGCAGCAAAUAAAUCGAAAUGUGAUCACAUAAUAAAUAUCAA